AUGCUGUCCACCUUGAUGCGACCCUUCAAGGGUGCUGCGCGCAACCCAGACCACGGCGAUCUACUUGAGAGAAACUCGGAACCGACACGACGUCCUGCUUCUGUCCGGAGUUAUACCCAACAUCGACACGCGACCGCCGACUUUACCGAGGCCGAUGAUGACGAUGACGAGUCUGACGAUGCGAGGCAACCACGCGGGAACGCUACCAUCCGCGGCAAUGAGGACGAAGAUGGGUUGAAUCAGGCAAUUGGUGUCCUGCCGCUGUUCUCUGCUGGGCAUCUUGAUUCUCUCCCCAUAUAUAGCAUGACGCAUGCUAUCCGCAUCAUUGUUCAGGCAAGAACCGAUACGACCUUGACCUGGGAGCAGUUGAGGUCUCCCCAGGUAUUCCAGUUCCUGGUGAAGCCAAUGCAGCAACAGAUUCGAACCCAGCAUUUCUCAAGGGGAACUUUAUAUGCCCUCAUGGCAAACUGUCUUCAGUUCGAAAAGGAGUCUCAGAUAUACCCGGCAAAUACUGGCACAAGCAGCACACGAGCCAAGGUGUGCGAGUUGCUUGCCAUUAAGCUACUCAAGGAAUAUUCGACCCGUGAACUUAUCGAUGCCCUCUCAUACGACUUCUAUCCUCUGCAAGGCGUCUCGGGAAUGCAUACGCCGGCCAAUUCGAAUAACAGAGAGAAGCCGGCCGCCAUGAGAACGUCAACUCUUGAAGUGGCCAUACGAGCCUCAGCAAAACAUUUUCUGGCCCAUCCUCUGGUCGUGCAACAACUCGAGGCCAUCUGGAAUGGUGCCAUUAGCUUUUACUCGGCUGCAGAUCAGCUCCAUCGUCGCACCUCGAUAGCUACCGAUCUAUCUUCCACCCAGUCUCGCCGCCAAAGCACGGUACGAACACCUCUAUUGGGUAGUCAGCAAGGCAAGGAGGAUCGUCUCAGGGGCCAAUCAGGGCCGCUUGGACGGAGAACUGUCGCGCUGUACGACCCUCGUCAAGCCUCCGUUUUCAAGCUCUCGCGCUUGAGGGUCCCACGAUAUCGCCAGUUCCUCUCUACCUGCUCACUGGGUAUUCUUCUUUGCCUGUUCUUGCUCGUUCUUAAUGAGAGAUCCAGCACCAUCACCACCCUGGAGCUGAUCUUCUGGUUUUGGAGUGCCGGGUUUAUGCUCGACGAGAUUGUCGGCUUCAACGAGCACGGGUUCUCCCUCUACAUCAUGAGCUUCUGGAAUAUUUUCGACUUGGGCAUUUUGUUGCUUUUGAUCAUCUACUACUGCAUGCGCAUCUACGGCGUAUUUCUUCUUGACCCGCACAAGUUGAACGACAAUGCCUAUGAUGUUCUCGCUGCGAUCGCCAUCCUUUUGCUCCCCAGGAUCUUCAGUAUACUGGAUCACUACCAGUAUUUCUCACAGUUGCUAAUAGCAUUGAGACUCAUGGCCGUUGACCUGGUCGCAGUUUUUGUUUUGGUCAUUGUCGUCUGCUGCGGCUUCUCGGUGUUCUUCAUUUCCAAGAGCACGAACGAUCCGAGCGUGGUAGCAUACAGCAUGUUCCAGAUACUCGUGGGCUAUAGUCCGGCUGCUUGGGAAGUAUGGCCGGAUCAUAACUGGGUGGGGAAGACGUUACUUGGCUUGUUUCUCAUCAUUUGCCACUUCGUUAUUGUAACACUGCUUGUGACUGUGCUAACAAACUCAUUCAUGGCUAUUGCAUCAAAUGCGAAGCAGGAGCAUCAGUUCCUCUUUGCUAUCAAUACGAUCUCGAUGGUGAAAAACGAUUCACUCUUUUCAUACGUCGCACCAGUCAACAUUCUCGCAUGGGCACUGACCCCGCUGAGGUUUUUCAUGCCCAUGAGGCAGUUCGUCUGGCUCAAUCGCACCGUCAUCAAAGCGACUCACUUUCCCUUGUUGCUCAUCAUCUUCAUUUACGAAAGGUUUAUCUUGGCACCAUCCAUAUACGAGCCAACGGACCUGGUGGAAAAUCCAGGCCGAGGCCGUCACAGAGCGGUUUCCAUUGUAGACCCUGCAAGCAGGACAGCACUCUUUAGCCCGAGCCUUCGUAUUCGUGAAGAAUCAUUGGUGGGUUAUCAGAAGGAUCGUGCCUUGGAAGAGGUGUUCCGACGUGCUCCUGAUUUUGCAACCAUACGUACUCAAAGACGAAGCGAGCGGAGGAAGACCCAAAAUGCCAUCCGAUCGUGGAUGGACCAACAAGAUGGGACUUUUGCGUCUCCUCACAACUACGGUACCGUUGAAAACAGACCGGCACAGGAUUGGCAGAGGAGACUGAGUAUGGUGAGGGAGCGACCAAAGAGGUUUUCAGGACUUUAUCAGGACACGAGAUCAGCAGCUAGCGAUCCGGCCGAUAUGGUGUCUAACGCGACUUUUCCGGCGGUGCCUGACUAUUUCAACAACGGCACUGUUCGACGGGAUUUUGCGAACGAGGUGAAAGAGAACACCGAUGCGGAAAACGGCGACGACGAGCUGGUUACAAAUGAUGAGUAUGAGGAGGACAAUGCAACUCACGACACUGAGCAGGUGCGAAACUACAUGGAUCGAGACCAGACGACCGAGACGGAAGAGGACUAUUUCACGACUUCGGUUCCGUCACGCUUCAAUUCCGGACUUACUUCGGUCCAGAGAACGCCGAUCUCCCCACGUCCCGGAACCUGGCGACGGGUGCCCAUGCACAACCGGACCAUGUCGAACAACACAAUGAUCUUUGCUCCUGCGCAGGAUCGGCCCCUCGAGAGUUCUUCUCCCGCAGCAUCUGGGGCCAUGGAUCCCUCGCUGCCGUCCCGGUCUCGCCCCCAUAGCACUCGGCAUACCAUACCCGAAGGGUCGGUAGUUAGUCCAGGCGCAGGCCUUCGCUCACCGCGUCGCUCCGUGUACUUGGCAUUCUCCCGACCAACGAGCAUGGUGAUGUCGCCGAGAGCGUUGGCCCGAACUGCCCCGAGCCGCUCGAUCCUGGCAUUGGAGAUCCCAGAUGGCGGCAGUAGUGGAACCCGUGACAGCCCGUCGUCCCGACGACAGUUAUCAGCUGAGCUGCCCACCCCCGCCGAACUUGAUCCAUCUGCCCUGGCAGCUAGUUCUGAAGCGGGUAGCAAUGGCGUGAUAUCUAAUUUCACCACGUUGGCCACGGUUAUGCUCGAGAAGAGCUCCCAGCAAGAGCAGGACAGCAACCGGAUGAACAAACUGAUGCUGGCAAAGAUGAAGAACCUGCAGGAUAGUCUCGGCGACGUGGUGCGCGAGAUGCGAAUCCUGAAAAGCAACGCACCCAGCACGGCUGGGAAUUCCGCAGACGAAGGGGCGAGUAGCGGUAGCUACUUAGCUAAGAAGGCGAUACAACAACAGUACCAGCAGCAACAGUACGGCCUUCCAGCAAGGCGAGGCUCAGGAGAAGAAAGAAGGUCGUCCAGAUUGUCUAGUUCGGCUGGCUCGGCUGGCUCAGCAAACAGGGACAUGGCAAAUCGGGGAUUGCGAAGAUCGAUCAGGAGGUUGGAGACAGCCACUCGACUGCCGACUUUGAGUGGGCAAGACACAGUCAGGAGAAGAAAUUCGAGAGAAGAGAACAACGAGGAGGGUACCAGCAACUUAGCAAGAAGAGAGGGGUUGAACAGUGACAUGAUAUUCGAGCCGAGGCAGAAUCAAAGUAGGUGGAGUAAAGGGAAGGGAAAAGCAGCAGCAGCUUCCAUAUCAGAUGAGGACGAAGAUCGUCGCGGUCAUCAGGUUGGUGGUGGCAGUUCGCUGGAUGAGCGCCACCAUCGCCAAGAAGAGUUCAUCAGGAGUGGAAAUUUCCUCUGA